AUGGCAGCCAACCUUGAAGUGACUGGCGCUCCCGCCGCGCGCAUCACCUCCACGGCCUCGACUAUUGCUGAUUACGCUUAUCCCUACGGUCACCUCGGCCACCUAACGCCAAAGCAGGAGGAGGCUUUUGUUCAGUUUAAGAAAGUUCUUGAGGAGAGGGGACUCGUGAAAGCUGGCCCUCCACCUUCUCAUGAUGACCCGUUGAUCCUACGUUAUCUGCGCGCGCGACGAUGGGUUGUUGAGGAUGCUUAUCAGCAAUUUAAAGAGACCGAAGACUGGCGCAAGGCCAACGACUUAGACGUGCUAUAUGAUACAAUUGAUCUCGGCGCCUAUGAUUUCAGCCGUCGCCUAUAUCCCCAAUGGACAGGCCGUCGCGACCGUCGCGGAAUCCCCCUCUACGUCUUUGAAGUCAAGACACUCGACUCCAAGACCGUCCACGAGUAUGAGAAGGUCGGCACAUCUAGCUCUUUCUCCAAGGCCAAGUCCGACGGCAAGACGCCAAACGGUCUCCUGCGAUUGUUUGCCCUGUACGAGAACCUGACCCGUUUCAACAUGCCCUUCUGCACCCAGCUCCUCGACCGCGAGUUCCCCGAAGUUCCCAUCACCCUGAGUACCAAUAUUGUCGACAUUUCCGGUGUCGGACUGAAGCAGUUCUGGAAUCUGAAGCAGCACAUGCAAGCCGCUUCAACUCUUGCCACAGCGCAUUACCCCGAGACACUGGAUCGCAUAUUCGUUAUCGGCGCGCCUGCAUUCUUCAACACUGUCUGGGGCUGGAUCAAGCGCUGGUUCGAUCCCAUCACCGUUUCUAAGAUCUUCAUCCUGGGCAGCCAUGAGGUUAAGACAGUUCUCGAGCAGUACAUCGAGCCCCGAAACAUUCCUAAAAAGUAUGGCGGCGAGCUUGAUUACAAGUUUGGAGACCUUGGCAACCCUGACCCUAACUGGGAGGGUGUUGUCGAGUUUGAGAAUGGCCACAAGACUUUCCCCAGUGGACCGCUAUUGUGGGAGGAGGAUUCGAACGAUAGACUUGUCUGUGUUGCUAAGGGUUCCAAGGACGGUCAGCCUCGACACGAGAGAAUUUGCACUGUCCCCAAGACCUUUGGCCUGUCACCUGUGGUAGAAAUCUCCGCCGCUGAGGCACCUAUCGAUGCCAGUGCUCCUGUCCCCGUCAAUGGUGUCGGCAAUGGAACAACCCACCAAGCGUCAGCACAAGGAACUCAUGACGAUGGCGUCCAGACCGAUGAUUCCCUGUUGAGUAACGAUGUCGCCGAGAAGCUUAAGCUACAAGACGACAAGCCCAUUACAACACAGACUACCACCGCUUGA